UUCUUCUUCUUCCCCGAAAAUCAAGAAAAAGAAAAGUAACACGAUGGGAGAUAAUAAUACCGCAGAAGAUCACGAAGACCUAGCUAUGGUGGGAGGUGAAGGAGUCACGAGCUUCUCCGAACUUCUUAUGUUCUCGGAAGGCGUUCUCAGCUCAUCCGACCACCAACGCGAGGGUAGUAGUAGCGGCGGCGGGGAUGGUGGAGAAGACAGCUUAGGAUUUGUAUUCUCCGGCAAAACUGGUUCAAGAAUGCUCUGUUUUAGCGGAGGCUAUCAAAACGACGACGCGUCGCUCUUCUUGGAACCUUCUCUUCUCUCCUCCGGAGUCUCUGUUGCUACUGACCCUUCAUGCAUUAAGAUCGAUGUUUGCAAGAAGAACUCUAACGACGAUUGUACACUCGACAAAUCUACUAAACCAUCAAACAAGAAGAAACCCGGAAAGGGUAAAGAGUACGACCCGGAUCAUAAUCUGAAACCGGGCAAGAAAUGCAAACGAAAUCAGGAUAAAUCAUCAUCACUUGGAAUUGCAAAGGUCAGGAAAGAAAGGUUAGGGGAAAGAAUCGCAGCGUUACAGCAGUUGGUUUCUCCAUACGGCAAGACUGAUGCGGCUUCUGUUUUGCAUGAAGCGAUGGGUUACAUCAAAUUCUUACAAGAUCAGAUUCAAGUCCUCUGCUCUCCUUAUCUUAUCAACCACACUCUUGUUGACGGUGGAGGAGUGGUCACCGGAGAUGUUAUGGCGGCGAUGAAAGCGAAAGACUUGAGAAGCAGAGGAUUAUGUCUAGUACCUGUCUCUUCCACCGUACACGUGGAGAACUCCAACGGCGCUGAUUUCUGGUCACCUGCUACGAUGGGUCACUCCACUACGUCUCCGUCGACGACGACACUCCAUCAUCAAGGAUUUUAAAUUUACUCCUUUGUCAUAGGCUGAUUAUAUAAUAUAGCAGUAGUAGCCUUUUUAUGUUUUUUUUUUGGCUGAUGAAGUAAACUUACUAGUAGUGUAAAAGUGCGUUUUCACCCAUUCUUUUCUU